CUGGCUGCUGGGGAGAUGCAGUCCCCCAGGAUGGCAGGGAAGAAGCGAGGGCGGCCCCCUCUCCAGCCAGCACCCAUCAAAAUGGCUGUUCACAACCUCUUCUCAGCACCAGCUGGUUCUCUGCCAGCCAUGAAGAUCCCAAAGAAGAGAGGGAGAAAGCCUGGGCACAAGCUGAAAUCUCGUGUCCUGAUGACUCCUUUAGCAAUCUCUCCUCCGAGAAGCACGCCGGAGCCGGAUAUUAGCUCAAUCCCCCAGGAUGCAGCUACGGUACCCAACUCGGACACCCCACAUGCUCUCACAGUCUGCAUUUAUGUCAACAAGCAAGCAAACCUGGGGCCGUACCUCGACAGAAAGAAGGUGCAGCAGCUGCCGGAGCACUUUGGCCCGGAGCGGCCGGCGGCGGCCCUGCAGCGAGCGGUGCAAGCCUGCAUCGACUGUGCACUCCAGCCAAAGGUGGUCUUCUCCCUCAUCAGGCAGGGCUACGGAGGCGAGAUGGUGUCAGUUUCAGCUUCUUUUGAGGGGAAGCAGCAUCUCCAGAGCCUGCUGGUAGUGAACAGCAUCGGGUACGUCCUGCGCUUCCUGAAGAAGCUCUGUCGCAGCCUGCUGUGUGACAACCUCUUCAGCAACCAGCCUUUCCAGCAGCGUGGCAGCGCCGUGGCGGAGAGCCCACAGCGCUGUGACAACAGGCGGGUGGAGGCAGAGACAGUUAUACCUGAGGACUACCUGGCUGAUGCUGCAAACAGGAAGCAGUACAGUGUGGAUCCUGCCGACGCUGCCUUGGGCUCCACGUACACCGUGCAUCAAAGUCCUGCAGAUGGACACCCUUCUGGAGGCUCCUCUUCCUCCUGUAGCCAUCAUCCUGCCCAGAUGGCUUCAGGGGGGUCCUCAUCUGCUAGCCUGCGGCAUCAGACCUCCAGCCCAACAAGGAAUGGGGCCUAUCUUGAAGGAAACAGAAGUGCCUCAAGCCCUUCACCUGAACAACAAGAUGCAGCUCGGCCAUCAAGCAAGAAUCCUUUGACCUGGACGGUGGAUGAUGUGGUUUGGUUUGUGAAGGAUGCAGACCCUCAAGCUUUAGGCCCUCAUGUGGAGCUCUUCAGAAAGCACGAAAUUGAUGGCAAUGCUUUGUUACUGCUGAAAAGCGACAUGAUCAUGAAAUACCUGGGGCUGAAAUUGGGACCAGCACUGAAACUGUGUUACCACAUUGAUAAGCUCAAGCAAGCCAAGUUCUAA